UUCCAAGAUAGGGUUAGGCGAAGAGAAAAAUAAAAAAAGACACAUUUUGUAAACCAAAAGGUAAAACGACGUGGUGUGACCUCCAACGGGGUACCCGUGGAUGAGUGUGACCCAUUUUUCUCACCGGAUCGAGGUCAAAACGUGUCCACCAGCGGUCGAUCCGUGGGUUGACAACCUUUCUCACAUGUCACGAGUCUGACGUUCGACUUGGAAAAACUCAUUUGAAACUUGACUAGCUUAUUAACGAGUUGAAGUUAAACUAAACUUUAUUAAGUUUGCGAGAAUCACAAGCUACUUUGAUUCGGUAGCUCGUUGAGUUUAACAUUUGACUUGUUUUAAGUUCACAAUCUGACUCAACAGUGUCGCUAACAUGUCAGCAUGACUAGUGGCUUAUUAACGAAUCGAUCUAUAGUCUAUGUGUUGACGGGUUUUGAGCCGGGUUUGGGUUUAAACCCGUUUACUAUUCACCGAGUUGGGUUGGGUUUGGAUUUAGGUAAACCUACCCCAUGGGUAUCCGCCCACACCCAUAUAAUUAAUUUUUCCAGUAUAUUUAAUAUUCUAAACAACUAAUCUUCUUUAUGUUUGUGGAGACAUGUCUAAUUUUGUCUUUCUAAUUGUGUAGAAUGAAGUUGAUAUUAUCGAGUGGAGAGUGAAGAAACUUAAUGGACGAGGAAGAAGCUUUCAAUUAAUCAUGUUAUUUAUGGAUAAUUUGUGAUUUGCUUCAAUUUUCUUGAGUUUUCUAGAUUGGUGUUGAACAAUUUGUAUGGUUAAUUUGUGAUUUGCUUCAAUUUUCUAGAAUGAUGUUUUAUAUAGGGCUAAUACCACUACAACACCCGAACUAUGAAGAAAAUGUCACUUGUGUCAUAUUCUUUCCAAUAUUCCAUUUAUGUCCUGAACUAUUUUUCUGUUAAAGUUGACUCGUUUUGACCGUUAGUUUUUAGCACAAAGUCCAGUCAGCGUUGAUGUGGUACAUGAUGUGCAAUUUUAAAAUAAUUAAAUAACAACUAAAAAAUUAAAAUUCCUAUCUCAUCUACACGAAUCCCCCGUCCUCAGCCUGCUCCGCGUCUUCCUCUUACCUACCGCAAUCUUCUCCUCUCAUUCUAUUCGCGCGACGGCUACCUCCCCGAUUCCUGUCUAGCAACACCAACAACAACCACCAUCGCCAUGACCCUUCCAUCGGAGAUCGACAACUUCCGAGCCUCGCCCAACUACGCCGCUGACCCCUUACACACUCACCAGAUCCGAGAGACCCUCAUCGACCGCGUCUACGGCGGCACUUGCCCUUUCGAUGACUUCCCUCCGCCACAAGAACCUCAAAGGCUCGGGCUCGACCUUCAGAAUUGAGCUUUCAUCCCUGGUUAUCUCGUAUCCCACGAAUCUGCCCAGUUCCACCGCGAUUUCUCUAACUCAGAAUCGACGAACUGCUUCUUCGAUCGACUGGAUAUGGGUGGCGAUUCUGCAUCAAAGGCUUCCCCCAAUUCUUCCAAUGACGGCCACUAUGAACAGAUCCAGCUUUCCUGAAAGCUCUUCCCCAAUUGGGUCGUUCGAUUGAGGUUUUAUUGAUUUCAAUGGAUCUCUUUCCCAAUUGGGUCGUUGGAUUUAGGGAUUUGGACGUUCUCGCUCUGGCGGAGGGAGGAGCGCAAGGGGAGGAGGAGCCAUGCGAGCUACGAAUAAUGACUACCACAUCUGGAAGAAACCUCCUAGAAACAACAUUGACCAGAUCUGGUUCCUUCUCAUAUGUUAAAAAUCACCAAGAGAAUCAACAACUAUGGGAGAGACGUUGUGGAAGUUGUAGUGGAGAAAGAGAUCGUGGUGUUGGAGCUCCGACAAGCUCAUCGUAGUCACGAUCGUCGUCGCCGUCGCUGUCGGAUAGCUACCGCGGUCGUCUACACCUCUAUCGUCAUCAGUCAUCGACGUCAUGGCCACCAGCGUCCCCGCCACCUUCAGUUGAGAGAAGAGGAACAAGGAGAAAGGAGACGGAGAGAAGAGAAGAGAUGGAAAAAACAAUUUCGCAUUUUGUUAAUAUCAAUUUAUUGUAGUUACACUACAAAAUUAAUGAGUUAUAUGGACCAGUUUAAGGGACAAUCACUUUUUUUUGUCACCAGAAACAUAACUUAAGUUAAAUAAGGGACGCCCAUGCUAUAGUUGUCCCCAUAUGAUAAUUAGUAGAGUUUGGGCCCAAUCAAAAUCGUCCCCAGAGAAAAUUGUGUAUGCGGUGCGGGCCAAAACGAUGGAGAAUGAAAAUGCUAGAUUUAGCAUUGAUGAGCCAAUGGAAAGAGUUGUCCACAAUGGAAAAGGAAAAAUAAAAAACCUUCAACAGGGACGCAUGGGUUGAACUGGGAAAGGAAAAUGAUUACUUUUUCCUUGUUAUGAUUGAAUUAUGAAUUUUGUUUGGACAUAUAUUCUAUUCCUUUUCAUAUAUAGUUUUUAUGACAGUUACAUUAUAAAUAGAUGGAGGGGGGUCUCCAUUCACAACACAAUUACACAUCAAAUUGGCACUAUACUUGCUCCCGUAAAAGAACAAAUUGCUACUUGCAAGAAGAGAAGUGUAGAGAGAGGAGUAGACACUGUUAUACUUCAAGGUAUUCUUCAAAAAUCUACUACCUCUUUGCUUUUUUUUGUUCACCCUAUUUUAUAUAUAUACAUAUAUGGUGGCUUCUAUGGUACCCCGGGUGAAAUCCGGGGUACCGCAUACCUCGAGUAUGGAAACUCUAUCUAGACCUUGAAUUACCAGGAUUUUUGUGUCUGAUAUUAUACCCUAACCCUUAAUGAGUGAAUCGUAGGUCAUAAUUAUCUAAAUCAUAAUCUAUAAACGCUAAGAUGGUGCAUUCCUUUUUGUGCCUAUAUUUGCAUGAAUCAUAACCGUCGAUUAUUGUUUCUAAUUAAAUUGAUCUUGGAGUAUAAGAUUGGGAGAGUUAACACCUAGAUUUUGAUCUUUAAGUGUUAGAGUAUAGUAUCAUGUCCGAAAGAUCGGUCAAUUCAAGGUCUAGAUAGUGUUUUCAUACUUAAGGUAUGCGGUACCCCGAAUUUCACCCAGGGUACCGUAGAACUCGCCAUAUAUAUAUAUAUGUGUGUGUGUGUGUGUGUGCACGCUUUUCUUGUUGUUUUUUUUUUCUUUGUGUUUUAUAUUUCAUGUAAUCUGUGUCAUAAUUCAUAUUUUUUAAUUUUUGUAAUAGGAGAUGGUUCCAAGUAAGGAUUGGAUGAGCAUACGAAAUAGAAGAGAAUCUGGAUUCAUUCAAGGCAUGAAUAGUUUUCUUGAUUUCGCAUUUUCCCAUUCCGCCAACAAUGAAGCCAUCCGUUGUCCAUGUACAAAGUGCCGAAACGUCACAUAUAAAGGUCGAUCAGAUGUUCAAUUUCAUUUGCUAAAGUAUGGAAUUUUGGAGAAUUAUACAACUUGGAGCUUCCAUGGUGAAUGUACCAGUACUACUCCAGGGUCAACCGCUAGCCAAGAAUCAAACCAGGAUCAUAUGCUUGAAGAUACUCUUGAUGAUAUGGAUGGAUUGUUAAAUGACAUUUAUGGCAUGAGAGGUGAAGAAGAAGAUUUUGGUAUGGACACUGAGGAGGCUGAAGAAGAACAUAAUCAAGAUGCUGCUACCUUCUAUCGCUUACUACAAGAGGCUAAGAAAAAAUUGUACCCAAACUGUGAGUACACUAAACUAUCGACGAUUAUGAAACUACUUCAUCUUAAAAGUAUUCACAAGUGGACUAAUAAGUCAUUCGAUGACUUACUUGGCAUUUUGAGGGUCUUAAUUCCUGAUGGCAAAGUUAAUUUGCCCGAUUCGUUCUGGCUAUGUUCACGGAAAUGGAACUGGGUACAAGUCAACUACAAAGGGUAUGACAAACAAUCAGAAUUGGAAGAUAGAAAAACUGGAGGCUCAAGUUGUUGACCUAACUGCAAAAUUAGCAUAUCAAGGCAAACAAAAUCUAGCCUUAACCCAAAGGUUCGAAAAUUGAUGGAAAUGGUGGAAAAUGAAAGGCAUGAAUCAUCUUCUCGCAAUUGGCAAGUAAGUAGUCAAUUUUCUAUCUUAUUACUUGCAUGAAUUGUUUUUAAUACAUUUACAAAAUCACAAUCAAACUAACACACUCAUAAAACUAUAGGGAGGAUGCUCUCGCUUCGGAAGACACACGUGGAGAAGAAUAUAGAAGGAAUGAAUGUUCUAGUAAGGUAUAAAAUUUAAUACUAAGGUUGAAGAUUAAAUAUAUUUAAAUUACCAACAAAAGAAAAAAUAGGUACUCAAGAGUCUCCUUUUAAUUCAAAGAAGCUAGCUAACUAACCUAGUAAAUUGGAAUCGAUACUCUUCUUUAAUGGUAGUUUCACUUCGAAAUUUAUAAGCUACAACUUAUGCGUGUGUUUUAUGAAUUCAUUUUGCAGUCCUAUAUGUAUUCUAUUAAUUUGUUUCUCGGCCUUAAAUUGUUAUGGAUUUUUAUAGAUUUUCUUUUCUAAGAUGUGACAAUGCAUUUCUUUUCCCAAUCGAGUCUUUGCUUCCAUUUCAUGCAAUUGAUGUCCUUGCCAUAUAUUUAACUGUUAAAUUUUGUCUAAUUUCACUUCCAGAGAGCUAAGAGAAGAAUGAUGGUUGUUGGUGGAAACAUGGUGCCGUAUGCAGAGUUAUAAGUGUUAGUUUUUUUUUUUUUUUGUUAAGAGAGAUAGUAGAACAAAUCAUGGAUUUAGAA